AUGUCUGUCGAUGCACUUGCUGACAGCGUGGCUGCGACCACGGUGACCGAUAAGCCCGAGACCAACGGCGCUGCCCCUGCUCAGGCAACUGAUGCUGCGGCUGCCAGUGCGGAUGAGGGUCGCCGUCUCUACAUUGGAAACCUCGCAUACGCGACCACCGAGGAGGAGCUCAAGCAGUUCUUCAAGGACUACACCAUCGAGACCACCUCGAUCCCGGUGAACCCCCGCACCAACCGCCCGGUCGGCUAUGCUUUUGUGGACAUUGCCACUGCUUCUGAGGCUGCUGCUGCGAUUGAGGCCCUCUCUGGCAAGGAGAUCCUCUCGCGCAAGGUCUCUGUGCAGCUCGCCCGCAAGCCUGAGCCCGCCGAGGCCAAGGAGGGUGCUGCCAGCGGUGGUGAGGGUGCUAGUGGCGCCGAGGGCCGCAAGCGUACUGGUGGCCGUGGUCGUGGCCGUGGCCGUGCCCGCGGUCGUGGCGGCCGUACUGGCCGUAGCCGAACUGUAGGUGAUCUCGAUCGACUCUCAGAGUCUUUUUGGAACAAAUUCUCAUCAUGGAACCAGGGACAGGAUGGCCAGGCAGAUACCGAGCCUGCUGCCGGUGAGGCUCCUCUCGCCGAGGCCACCAACGACAACGAUGCUGGCUCCGAGGCUGGCAAGAACAAGGCUCGCGCAGCUCGCCCCCAGAAGCAGCGUGGCCCUCCCGAUGAUGGCAUUCCCUCCAAGACUAAGGUCAUGGUUGCUAACCUCCCCUACGACCUGACUGAGGACAAGCUCAAGGAGAUCUUCGCCGACUACCAGCCUGUCUCCGCCAAGGUCGCCCUGCGUCCCAUUCCCCGCUUCAUGAUCAAGAAGCUCCAGGCCCGCAACGAGCGCCGCAAGACCCGUGGCUUCGGCUUCGUCAACCUUGCAUCCGAGGAGCUCCAGGCCAAGGCCGUCAGCGAGAUGAACGGUAAGGACAUCGAUGGUCGCGUUAUCGCCGUCAAGGUCGCUAUCGACAGCCCCGGCAAGGAGGAUGACGUUGAUGCUGCCGCCGAGAAGUUCGAGGAGUCUGCUCCUGCCGCCCAGGAGAACGCCGCUCCUGCCACCACCGAGGCUUAA